GGGACGCGCGAGCGCCGAGUAGGAGCGGGAGGCGGAGGAGAGAAGGGAGAAGGCCGGGCAGGAGGAGGAAGAGGAGGAGGAAGAGGAGGCGGAGAGGAGGCGCCGGGGAGGCUCCGGGCGCCUCCGUGGGCAGCGAGACGCGGCAUGCCCCUGGCAGGGGAGAGCGGGCUGUCCUCCGCAGGGCCAUGGGGACCGGCGCUCUGACCAUGCCCGGGUGACAGGGCAGCGCCCGCCGCCCGGCCGCCGCCACCUCCACCAUCACCUCCACCAGCACCUCCACCAGCACUCAGCUCGCCACCGGCCAGCAGCCCAGCCUCCUUCGCCGCUCUCUCUCUCUCUCUCUCUCUCUCUCUCUCUCUACCCCUCUCUCAUUGUUUCCCACUCUACAGGGUGUGGGGUCGGCUGGUGACUAGGUUGGAAGCAAGUCAGAUCUUCCUCCUAAGCUGGUAAUAUUUAUGUAGGCAAAACGAGAGAAGGAGAGAGAAGAGAGAGCAGAAGAAAAGAAGAGAGAGAGAGAGAGAGAGAGAGAGAGAGAGAGAGAGGGAGGGAGAGAAGCCGGGAGGAGGGGUAAGGAGACCAAACCCUCUAAGUCAAUGCAUAUUGUGGAGACUGGGGCACAGGAGCCCUCACGGUGGAGCCGGCCAGGGCUGUGCGUUCCCAAAAUAUGACCAGGGGUGCUUGGAUGUGUCGGCAGUGUGACGACGGCUUAAGAAUCUGGUUGGCAGCACCCCGGGAGAACGAAAAACCGUUCAUCGAUUCAGAGCGGGCUCAGAAAUGGCGACUGUCUCUGGCAUCUCUCUUGUUUUUCACAGUCCUGCUCUCUGAUCACUUGUGGUUCUGCGCCGAGGCCAAACUGGCCCGGGCCCGGGACAAAGAGCAGGAGCAGCGGCAGCAGCAGGAGCAGCAGCAGCGGCAGCAGCAGCGGCAGCGGCAGCAGCAGGAGCAGCAGCAGCAACAGCAGCCGCCGCCGCAGCCACAGCGGCCGCGGCAGCAGGGGCCCUCCUGGCCGGCGCUCCUGGCGAGCAUGGGGGGCGGCGGCGGCGGCAGCGGCGGCGGCGGCGGCGGCCUGGGCCACCGAGGCAGAAACAACCAGAGCUCGGCGCUUUUUCUAGGAAACUCUGCCAAGCCCUUGUGGCGCCUGGAGACUUGUUACCCCCAGGGUGCCUCCUCGGGCCAGUGCUUCACGGUGGAGAGUGCGGACACCGUGUGCGCCAGGAACUGGAGUCAGGGGGUGGCGGCCCGGGGCGCCGAGCGGCAGGGGAGGGGGCCGCACCCAACGCCGCUCUGGAACUUGGCGGAUUUUUACCUUUCGUUUUGUAAUUCCUACACACUCUGGGAGUUGUUCUCGGGGUUGUCCAGUCCCAACACUUUGAACUGUAGUCUGGAUGUGGUGCUCAAGGAGGGCGGCGAGAUGACCACUUGCAGGCAGUGCGUCGAGGCUUACCAAGACUACGACCACCACGCUCAGGAGAAAUACGAAGAGUUUGAAAGCGUGCUGCAUAAAUACUUGCAGUCGGAGGAGUACUCGGUGAAGUCGUGUCCUGAGGACUGUAAGAUCGUCUACAAAGCCUGGCUGUGUUCCCAGUACUUUGAAGUCGCACAGUCGAACUGCAGAAAGACAAUCCCUUGCAAGCAAUACUGUCUGGAGGUUCAGACCAGAUGUCCGUUUAUCUUGCCCGACAACGACGAGGUGAUCUACGGGGGGCUCUCCAGCUUCAUCUGUACAGGGCUCUAUGAAGCCUUCCUAACCAAUGACGAACCAGAAUGCUGUGACGUCCGGAGAGAAGAGCACCCCACGGCCGCGGCCCCCGGGAAGGCGCGGCGGGUGACGGGGCGCGCUCGGGGCCUUCGCUGA